GGAAACGUUGGUCCCCACGCACAAGAACACUUCGCACACUGGUCCGAAACAGAGCCACCCAUUCCACCGCAGCACUCUGUCAUCCAUCGCCCCCUCCCCUCCGAGUCACAGAAGCGUCUCCUGCUUUUUUCCCAUAGUCUGGCAUCGUCGGAGGUAUAUUUGUGGCGACAGGUGCAUGUCCGGUCAUGUACAUGUCAGAUGUGUUGACCUAACGUAUCUCGGAAUUGCGGGAGCUCAGACGUGAGGUUUUUGCUUAUCCCAUGGCCAUACAUAUGUCGUCCCGUCACAUGUUACGACACACGAAGACAAUCCUCGCGAAGUAUACGAUGAAGGCCGCAACAGCAAAGAAACUAGGGCUGCGCGAAGAAUAUCAGCGGCGGCGGGGGGGCUGCCGAUGAUGCAGCGACGGACGGACCACCUGCAGCACUGCUGGCCGCGUCGGCAGCGGGAGCCGCUGGCGGGCAGUGCCCCUCCUGCAUAGAGCCUGCGGCAGAUGAAGGUGCUGGACCACCCGGCACCCUGAAGGAGAUAUAAUAGAAUAGAUGAUGAAUACGCAUCGCAAACAACCACACAUGCACGCGGGUGAUGACACGGAGAUGCUAUUGUGUAGCAUGUGUACCAUGGGAGCGGUGGCGGGUUCUGCUGAGAGGGUAGGAAAUAAUACGGACCGUCAUCGAGCUGCAAAUGACAAACCAGGCAACACCGGUAUGAGUCGGCGCAUCGAUGGCUUGCGCCUGUCUGCAUCGCAUCACUCACUCACCUGUCCCCACGGCCGCCCCUCGUCUCUUGGCACGAUGUCGAUGAGGAAGUCAAACAUGUCGGACCUGUUGAUCGCAGACGAUAUGUCGUUGCGCUGACCACAUACAGUGACGCACACAGAUAUGAUGCACCUGGCGACCCUGUCGGCCAUGAUCCUGUGCAUCGUUUACCUGCAGGGUCCUCCUUUUGUUCUCCUCGGUGUGUAUCCACGCUCGCGCAGUGAGGUCCAAGAUGAAGAGCUCACACGCCUUCGAAAAUACAUUCGGCGUCUCGGCAGCAAUCAUCUACGCGAAACGUUCACAGGAAACGAGCAUCAUCUUGCCCAGUGAUGGGUUGUUUGUUUCCACUUGUUCUACCUUGACAUCUUCAUCUUGCUUCAUGAUGCGCUUGAUGCGCGCAAGCGGCAGCACGUUGGGCUUGGCCAACUCGGCUGGACCUGACGCAAUCAUAUGGUGCACACGCAUGAGGUACGUCCCCUCCCUGUACUGGCAUCGGAUACUCACUGAUCUUGUCAAUUUCCGCCGUCUGCACACCCAGACAAACACACGCAUCAUCCAUAUGUCCCUUGGUGCGGUUCCCGUACUCCCCUCCCUCACCAUGUCCUCCCAGAACUUCUCCAUCUGUUCCAUGUUGGCCUGGAAGUUGGCGUAACUGUUGGAGAGAAAAGAACGACAGGGAUUUGCUUGAGAGAGAGGCCUGAUCUUGAGGGAUAACCUGUGCAUCGAGUGCUGCAGCGAGGGGCCUGCAGAUCUGUCAUCCUCCUCUUGCUCAUCUUGAAUAUCCUCUUCUGGAGGAACAGGACAGCGUGCUGUGGGGAAAUGCAUUGAUCUGUUUGCGCGUUUGCCUG